UGUUUUUUUAUUUUAAUAAAAUUUAGAUAGCUAAUAGACACUUAAUCUAAGUGAAUGAGUUCUGUUUGUACCUGAUCCAUAAGCGGUUACAGGUUAUACUUAUUAAAGUUCAGUUAUAAUGGAUAACUCAGCGUUCGUUGAUUUUGACGAUAAUAAUGAAUUUACAGAUAAAUCUAAGAAAGGAUUGGAUAAAGUCGAACUCCCACCAUCACCACCGGAAAAAGUCCAUUCUUUCGACGAAGCAAUCGUCUUAACCGACAUUGGAGUAUUCCAUUAUUUUCUAACAUUAGUAUGUGGCCUAUGUUUUAUGACAGUCAUGGUUGAGACCAUGGGCAUAAGCAUAAUGCUACCUUUCCUGAAAUGUGAUCUAAGUUCAACAAUAGCAGAGCAAGGUUUCCUUGCAUCUUCUGGAUUUUUUGGAAUAGUUGUUAGUUCACAUGCCAUGGGAUUCUUUGCUGAUACAUGGGGUCGAAUAAAAACCCUUCGUACUGCUUUGACAUUUGGAUUUAUAACCACGGUAAUCUCAGCAUUUUCCAUUAACAUUUGGAUGUUAAUUGUAUUUCGAUUUCUCAAUGGACUUGCCAUUUCUGGCUGUCAAGCAUGUGUGUUCAGUUUCUUGGGAGAAUUUCACGGAAAUGCGACAAGAAUGAAAUAUGUAACUAUGUUGUCGAUGUUCUUACCGAUUGGAUUGAUGUUUCUACCAGGUUUGGCCACUGUAAUUCUUCCUUUACAAUUCGAUUUUAAUGUACUUGGACUAAGUUUCACACCAUGGCGAGCUUUUCUUUUGGCGAAUUCCUGUCUAAGCCUUAUUGCCUUAAGUGGACUGUUUCUCUUACCAGAAAGUCCAAAAUAUAGUUUAAUUCAGGGAAAAGUCGAAAAUGCUAUGCAAACUUUCAGGACGAUAUUCAAAUGGAACACUGGUCGUUCGGAAAGUGAAUAUCCUGUGAAACGAGUCAAUAUUGAAUUAUCUGGUGCCAAUUUGAGCAAUAUUCAUGGAUUGAAAGGAGCAUUAUCAUUGAUUUGGAAUCAAACUAAACCACUUUUUUCAAGAAAUAGAAUUGUACACACUACAAAUAUAUGUGGGAUUAUGUUUGUAAUAUUUGCCAUUUCUCAGGGAACUUUUAUGUGGUUUCCAACAAUGUUGGACCAAAUUGUUUCCAAAUCGGAAACAAAUUACUUGGUCUGUGAAAUUCUAGAUAUGCAUGGAACUAGCUCCAAAGAUGCUAAUGGAACUAUAACUGAAGAACAAUGUGGUGGUCCCGUGAAUACUGGAAUGUUUCAAAUUCUUAUAAUGAUUGGAGGAGUAUUCACAUGUGUGUAUUUGGUGUUUACAUUCACCAUUGAUAUUAUCGGAAAGAAGAACCUUCUAAUAAUUUGGAUGACAUUAGCUGCAUCUAGUUGUUUGCUAAUACACUGGGUUAGUUCCUAUGUUCUAUCCAUUGUGCUCCUGACCCUAACGAUGACAACGGGUUCAUGUGGAGGAAUUGUAAGUGCUAUUUCUAUGGAAUAUUUUCCAACAAAUGUAAACGCUAUGGCGAUGUGUCUUAUUAUGAUGGUUGGACGUUUGGGUGCAGUUGUUGGAAGUAAUUUUGUUGGUUUAGCAAUAUUUUCAAAUUGUAAUAUGCUUUUUUACGUUUAUGUUGGUGUGAUUGCAAUUAUUGCGCUAUGCUCGACGUUCUUGCCAUCGAACAAAGUCAAUAUUAGGAAGAAAAAUUCAAGUUGUUGUUAAAAGUAAUAUUAAGUGUAUAAAAUUAAUACAAAUUAUGAACAAUAAAUAUA